UAAAUUAUGGAAAUUUUUUGGAAGACGUGGACAUGGAUUUUGAGCCUAGUCAUUGUUUCAUCGGAAUUUCACAGUGACAAGAGGCUUUCAUACAGUUCUCAAGAGGAAUUCCUGUCUUAUCUUGAACACUACCAAGUAACAAUCCCAAUAAGGGUUGAUCAAAAUGGAGCCUUCCUCAGCUUUACUGUGAAAAAUGCUAAACCCUCAAGGAGGCGGAGGAGCACAGACCCUUACGAUCAAGAACUGGCAGCAUCUAAGUUAUUUUUUAAACUUUCUGCCUAUGGCAAGCACUUUCAUUUAAACCUGACUCUCAACACAGAUUUGGUAUCCAGACAUUUUACAGUAGAAUACUGGGGGAAAGAUGGACCUCAAUGGAAACACAGUUUUUUAGACCACUGUCAUUACACAGGAUAUUUGCAAGACCAGCAUAGUACAACUAAAGUGGCCUUAAGCAACUGCGAUGGUCUGCAUGGAGUUAUUGCUACAGAAGAUGAAGAGUAUUUUAUAGAGCCUUUAAGGAAUAUAACAAAAAAUUCCAGUAAAUUUAAUUAUGAAAAUGGUCAUCCUCAUGUUAUUUACAAAAAGUCUACCAUGCACCAACAACAUCUCUAUGAUCAUGGUCACUGUGGAGUCUCAGAAAACCUCCCAAAAAGCAGUAAGCCUUGGUCCAUGAGUGAUGCAUCUGCUUCUCCAACUUCACCUCCGGUUAAUGACACGCUAAACAGCCAUGUUCGACAGAAGAGAUCCAUAAGCCUAGAACGCUUUGUGGAGACACUGGUAGUAGCAGACAAAAUGAUGGUGGGAUACCAUGGUCGCAAAGACAUUGAACAUUACAUUUUGAGUGUUAUGAAUAUUGUUGCCAAACUUUAUCGUGAUUCCAGUCUAGGAAACGUUGUGAAUAUUAUAGUGACUCGUUUAAUUGUCCUCACUGAAGAUCAGCCAAACUUGGAGAUAAACCACCAUGCAGACAAGUCCCUCGAUAGCUUCUGUAAGUGGCAGAAAUCCAUUCUCUCCCACCAAAGUGAUGGAAACACCAUUCCAGAAAAUGGGAUUGCCCACCAUGAUAAUGCGGUUCUUAUUACUAGAUAUGAUAUCUGCACUUACAAAAACAAGCCUUGUGGAACACUGGGCUUGGCCUCUGUGGCUGGAAUGUGUGAGCCUGAAAGGAGCUGCAGCAUUAAUGAAGACAUUGGCCUAGGUUCAGCUUUUACCAUUGCACAUGAGAUUGGUCACAAUUUUGGUAUGAAUCAUGAUGGAAUUGGAAAUUCCUGUGGGACCAAAGGUCACGAAGCAGCAAAGCUAAUGGCAGCUCAUAUUACAGCAAACACCAACCCUUUCUCUUGGUCAGCCUGCAGUCGGGAUUACAUCACCAGUUUUUUGGA